UUGCGGCAGCACGAUCUGUGCGUUCAGCUCGAAAAAAAUUUAUCGUGCCGCGUAAACACGUUUGUUGAUCUUCACCGGAACGGAAUAACGAAUCUCUUCUCGCUUUUGUAUCUCGCGACUCUGUCUGGAAAUUUAGUACAGCUGCAAGUAAGUCGGUGACUCAAAUACUGACAGAAUUUCAUAAUCGUGAGAGUAGUAUUUGCAUAAAUGUCUGGCCGAGAAGGAGGUAAGAAGAAGCCCUUGAAGGCACCAAAGAAGGACAGCAAGGUUAUGGACGAAGAAGAUGUAGCGUUCAAACAAAAGCAAAAGGAAGCGCAAAAAGCGCUGGCGGAGGCAGCAAAGAAAGCCAGUCAAAAGGGCCCUCUGGUCACUGGUGGCAUAAAAAAAUCCGGAAAGAAAUGAUCGUAGUUAGUGGAGAUGUGUGAUCUACUGUGCCCAUAAAUGUUCCAGUAAUAACAAUAAUUUCGAACUUGAUCCGUCGUUACACUAAACUUGCAAUU